UUCAAUUGAAAACACCUUAAAAAAAUAACUAACAAAAAUGUUUGCUGCUAAAAUGGAGAAAAUAUCGACAGAAAAAGAAAAUCUGCAAUGCUGUUUAGUUAAGUUCAAAUUUGCUGUGUGCAAAAUCUUUAAGCAAAUAUUAAACAAGGAUAGUAAACUAACGGAAAACAACAAUAACAUCACAGCAAAUAAUUUUCCUGAUAAUGAAAAUAACAAAUGUUCCUGUGACAAUGAAAUCGAGCAAAACCAGGCCAACGAACGUCUCUUAAAAGCUUCACAGCAAAAACAUCAGCAACACCAGCCAUAUGUUCUGACCAUAGAGACUGCAGUUGGCUCAUUUUACUGGGACUGGGAAUGUGGCAUGCAACGUGAUAGCUUUGCUGAUUUUAACUUUAAUACACAUUGAAUGAGGGCAAUCUUCUACCUAGUACCAAGUACUCUGCUUGCCAACAAGACAAGUGUAAGUGUGUAUUGAAGGUUCAUUGAAGAAAAAGAGUUUAUGAGAAAUAAAAACAUCAACCAAGAACAAGAACUCUAACCACAAGGACCCUUUUGUUUUUGCUGUUGCCUGAAAUAAAAAACAAUUUGAAACGUAAACACUCAACGUUCAACGUUGUAAAUGAAUGAAAAUGUGUGAAUGAAAAUGAAUUUUUAGCGUAAAAGUAUGCAACAACAGGUUUUUUAACCAAAACAACCCAUUCACCCGGCUCUUCAGCGUACAUAGUGUGCUGUGGUCAUUCAUAAAUAUGCGGCAUUGAAGGCUGUAAUGUGCCCAAGAAACGAGAAUGGAGGUAGAACUUAAAAUAAUAUUGCUAAUGGAAGAUUCUACACAAAUUACACGGGAAACAUUAAGGAAAAAUUUUAAGAAUUUAAAAAUGUCUUUAAAAAGAGUCAAGUAGAAAAUUAUAAGACAUUGGAGACUUUAAUUUAACGUAAAUGCAGAUUUUGAACUAAUUAAAAUGGUUUAAAGUGAAUAUUAUAAACACUUCGCGAAACUAAUCAGAAUAUGAGGGCAAUUUUGGUUAACAUCUUCACAACAAUCUGGAAACGUGAUCCCUAUUUCUUAUAUUAAAACUUGCAUUAGCUAUGUAGGUUCUAAAAUCUGGCAAUUUCUAAAUACA